CUUUGUACAUUCAGCAUGGUUUCCACUACAGCUAGAGGUUCGUUCAUGUGGUGUUGGUUAGAAACAUGGUGUUGGUGAAUACUUUGUUAGAGUAUGCCGUAUUGACGGUGGUGGGGAUGAUUCAAAAUUAGGGUGGGGAUGAAGCAUACUCCGGUGCGAGCACCAGGCUUGCAACAUGGUGUUGGUUCGGUGAUCAGGCCAGUCUCAUCGCUAUCGUCGUAGAAGUAAUUGGUUCCUUUGUCAAUAUUAUGUGGAAGUUUGUUUAGUAAUGUUUUGUAGUUUACGGAAACGCGAUCUCUGCUAAGAGGAGCCCAGUUAGCGUAUUUUGUAGCGGGAGAGCGGUUUAUGAUACACGAGAGAUUUUCGCCCUUCUUUUAUCAUAGAAGAAAAACAAUAUCAAGAGCGAGUAGAAAAAAAAAGCAAAGAGAAUUGCUUUCUCGACCGAGAUUUGAUCCUCGAACGCUGUGUCAGAGUGAAGUGUAAAAUUAUUUGUGUUUUUAUCGGCUCGUCCAUCAUACACACCCGGGUGUAUGCUCGCGCGCUCCCUCUCUGUCUAUCUAGCUCUAUGUAUCUCUCCGUCUCGGAUUCAAUCGAUUUUGACUUAUCGACCGAAUGGCUCGCUUAGCAUAUAGUUUUAAUCAGUAGUACCGCGUUGAUUGUUGAAUGAUGUGGUCGAAAACCGCAAACGUAAGCGAGUGAAUUUUUUAAUAGCACAAAAAAAAAACAAUUAUGCUCCGAGCACACGGCCGGCAAUGGUAGUUCGUAAUGGAACGUCAACCAGAGUGACACGCCGAGAGUGAUCCGAUGAGUUUCCAAUGAUCAAUCGAGAAGAUAGGUUGGCUGAAUGAUCUUGGUUUCACGUGCAGUGGUGAUGAUGAAGACACCUAUUACUAAUAGUGCAACCUGCAAAACAGUGUGACUCGUGAUAUUCAGAAACGAAUAAAAUUAGUGCAAUAUAUCAUUGAAAAAUACACUGCAAGUAAUAUACAUGUUCGAGAUUCGGCUAUGAUGCCGACUAAAGUGAGAUUUUGAUAAAAUAUCAUCAUCGUGUCUAUCUGGACUGUGCUGAGCAAUGAUUCAGGUCGACUCUGUUGGAUACUCAAGAGUGAAGGAUGAAUCAAACAACGAUGAAGAUAUGAAAGAGAAUGGUUGUGUAGAUAUUGAUAAUAAAAACCAAUCGCCGUCGGUAAAAUCACUUUCUAUAAUGUCGGAAGAAUACACUGAUCAGGACAACAUUAAGCGAGACAGGCUGAAUGAUCGUCAUCUAUCCACGAGACAUCAACAACGCGAUCGCGAAGAGAUCACGCAUAACGAGGAUAAUUUAAGUGACGAAGAGAACAAUGAUGAUGACAGUAGUCGUGCGGAGGACAAUGAUGGAAAUAAAAAAUCCGACUUUCAGGACCGAAGCACAACACCGCAUGGUUCGUUGGAUGGAUCUCCGACGGCAAAUGUUACCGGACAUACAGCGGCCGCAGUUGCAAUUGCAGCCGCAGCGGCCGCUGCUGCUGCGAAAAGCCCUGUGCCCAAUGCAACCUCAGCUUUACCGAACGAAUUUAAUCCUGCGGCAUUCUUUCCACCGCCUGGGCAAAUGUCAAUCCAAGCUUUUCAAAAUGCAAUUGCUCAAUUCACUGCGAAUGCUUUGGCGAACAAUAUGGAUAAUGAUACGGUAGUGAAAAAUCUGGCUAUUCUUCAGUCGGCGCUUUUCACAUUACAACAACAGCAGUUUUUACAAUUUCAAUUGAUCCAACAUCUGCAGUCUCAGUUAGUGAAAAAACAUGUCGAGAAAGAUGAAACAGUGAAUGACUCUGGAAACUCUUCAAUUUUUAGUCAUAGUCAUAAUAAUAAUAAUCAUAGUAAACGAAAUGAGCCCCAAGACCUUCGAAAACAGGAUCGAAUUGAAGAAGAUGAGGAAAUCGAAGAAGAAGGGGUCGAAGAUGCGUACAGUAAAAGCUUUCAAAUGGCCAAUAUAAUGGCCGCUGCUGCUGCUGCGAGUUCUGAGAAUCGACCAAUAAUUCAUCCUGUCCCUGAAGAAGAACUAAGGAAACCUAAAGCUUCUGAAUCUCUGAUUGAGAAGCGGCCUUUGCUAGAACCUCCAAUAACGUUACCUUCUUCGACGGCAGCAUCUAGCAUCGGAUCAAAUAAUUCCACUUCCACACUUUCCACCAUCGCUCGAGGUGGCAGUACAUUAGAGAGGGAUGAGAUUUUACCAUAUCAAGACUCAAAUUUCUCAUCUCUGGCAGCUAACAUAAUUACUGAUCAUGCGCCAUCAACUAUGAGUGAACCAAACUCUCUGGCAAUGCUAGAGAAAAAAGCUCAAGAAGUUCUUAAUUCAGCCUCGCAGGGUAUCCUAUCCAAUAAUUUGUUGGAUGAACUUGCUUUUGCCAAUGACAAAUCAUCUCCAAAUGGGAGAAAUGAUGCGGCACUUUUCAAGCACCGAUGUAGGUACUGUGGUAAAAUAUUCGGAUCAGAUUCCUCGUUACAAAUUCAUAUUAGAUCACAUACAGGAGAGAGGCCCUACAAAUGUAAUGUUUGUGGAAGCCGAUUUACCACCAAAGGAAACCUAAAAGUACAUUUUCAACGGCAUUCUGAUAAGUACCCGCACAUACCAAUGAAUCCGAACCCAGUACCAGAACAUUUGGAUAAGUACUUCCCUCCAUUGAUCCCACAAGAGGCACUGAAAGAACAACAACAGCAACAGCAGCAACAAGCUCAACCUCCUCCUGCGCCGAUUCCACCACCUGGACCACCAACUCAGUUUCCAAACACUUUUCAACCGAGGGCAUUCUUUCCUGAUUUUUAUUUACCUCGACCACCUUUGGAUAUGUUUUCUAAUCCAUUGAACGAGCCUUCGCGAAAUCCAGUGGAUCUUUCACAGGUUAAGAAGCCAGUGGAGCCUUCUAGAGAACCUACUCCUGAAAUGAGGCUUUCGCCAGAGGUAGUUAUCCAUGAGUCACCGAACAUUAAACAGGAACCGAUAGAAGAAUCUUUAGAUCUAUCGGAUAAAUCAGCAAAAGUUGUUCAAAGAGAAGAAGAAAAA